GGAGUCCGAGGGACACGCGUAACGCGACAAUGGCGACCUGAGAAGGUUUGUGUGGCGUUUGCGAUAUCCCGCUCCGUUGGCCGUAGCCCCGCGACGUCGAGAGCGUGAGAUUGCGUUUAUCGCGGUUGUACACGCGCGUCCGUGAAUGCGCGGCUCGUUCGCGCCAUCGAGAGAUGCGUUGUGCGCGAGGCGCGAGUCGGAAUCGCGUACAGAUAUAUCAUCCGUCUCGCUGAGGCCAGGAGCAGCAGCGGCGGCAGCGCAGCAGCAACAGCAACAGGAGCAACGACGGUGGCAGCAAUAACAGCCAGCAGUGGCGGCGGCGGCGGCUAGACGGCGAUUCGGCGCGUCACGUCGAUCUAGGAUGCCGGCGUUAGUCCGGCGAAGAACCGGCCGUGCCGCGAUGCAUCCAAUCGCGUCGUCGCGUCCGCUAUAAUGCGCUGUGAGUCAAAAACAAUUACUUGCCACGAAAAUCCAGUGGUGCUGGCAUGAUAAAAUAAGGGAAGCGAAGGAGAUGAGCCACAAUAUUGCGGGCAUGCCACCCUUUACAAGGAUGCCACUGGGGGGUAUGGGAAUGGGUGUGAAUAUGGGUCCAAACGCCCCACAUCCUGACUCUUCUGCUCAUCCCCAUCCACCACCGCCACCACCAGCUGGUGCAAAUCCUAAAAAGAAAAGGCGUACAAAUGCAAGCGUUGCCCAACCACCUCCGCAACAACCUCCAUCUGUACAGGACCUACUACCCCCACCUUUAACUGGUUACGGUGACACGAUAGUGGCAAGUAAUCCUUUCGAUGAUACUCCACCACAAACUACACAAAGCCCAAUGAUGCAUGGCGCACCUUCACAUAUGCAUCCUCAUCAUCCACAUCAUAUGGGCGGUCCUCCUAUGCGAGGCAUGAGUCCGUUAACUUCGAUAGGUGGUAUGAGUCCUAUGAUGCCACAUAAUAUGGGCAACAUGAGUCCUAUGGGUAAUUCACCUAUGACAAAUCAUAUGAACCAUAUGGGUGCCAUGUCUCCCAUGAAUCAUGCUUCCAUCGGAGGUAUGAGCCCUAUGAAUAACAUGGGUCCGAAUAUGCCUCCUGGUCCAAUGAACACUAUGAACAAUCAUAUGAAUAUGAGUCAUAUGGGGAAUUCGCAACUAAGUGGUCCACCCAUGGGUAGUCCGAUGAAUAAUAUGAAUAGUGGACCUAUGGGUAGUCCAAUGAACAACAUGGGUCAUAAUAUGGGUAGUCCUAUGGGUGGACCUUUAGGUUCUCCAAUGAACAUGGGAGGGUCUAAUCAUAUGCCUAAUGGACCAAUGAAUAUGAAUAAUAUAAAUAGCCAUAUACCGCCCAACAGUCCGUUAAAUGGACCAUCGCUAAACAACGUUAAUAGUCCGUUAGGACACAAUGGAUCUCAACCUCAUCCGAAUCACAUGGGAAACAAUCUUAACAACUUAGGAAGACCUAUGAAUGGACCUAUGACCACCAUGAGUUCGAUGGUAUCGAAUAACAUGAAUAUGACUGGACCAAAUCAGAUUAACAACAUGAAUAUGGGUGCUCCAGGAAUGAGUAGUAUGUCUAAUAUGAAUAUUAGUCAUCAUAAUCAAAUGGGAAGUCAUAUGGCAGGUCCAAUGGGUACUAUGUCUAAUAAUAUGGGUGGUGGACCACCUAUAGGACAUCCUAUUAAUUCCAUGGGAGGAUCUAUGCCACCACAUGGGUUUCAAGGUCCGCCGGGAAUGGGUCCAAAGCCAAUGCCGAUUUCUGCGGGCAAAAUAUAUCCUCCAGAUCAGUCCAUGGUAUUUAACCCACAAAAUCCUAAUGCACCACCGAUUUAUCCUUGUGGAGUUUGUCACAAGGAAGUGCAUGACAAUGAUCAGGCAAUUCUGUGCGAAUCGGGUUGUAAUUUUUGGUUUCAUAGGGGCUGCACAGGAUUGUCGGAAUACGCUUAUCAAUUAUUAACGGCUGAGGUCUACGCGGAAUGGGUGUGUGAUAAGUGUUUGCAAUCGAAGAACAUACCCUUGGUUAAGUUUAAACCAUAACACUUCGUGUCCCGUCGUUUAUGCGACGCUCGAGUGACUAUUUGUUAGCGUUUAUAUGUGGUACACGCGCACAUACACGUGUGCGAUUGUGCACACACGUACACAACACACACCCUAGCACAUGGUAAAUAUUAAUGCACGUGCGAAGUCGUGCAUUCAAUAUAAAAAUAUGCUAUUUGUUAAUAACUUAGCUUUAACUUGUUGAAAUAUUAGGAUAUCUUUGUAAGUUGUAUGAAUGAAUAUGAAAACAGAAAUAACAUUUAAAUGUUUUAAUUUUAAAUCUAUUUCGUAUGACAAAUGGAUUCAUACACAAAAUUAUUAAAUUAAUAUAUAAUUUAAUAUUGAAUCUUGGCAGAUGAUGAAAAUAAUUAUCAAAUCAUUGUCAAUAAUUGUCACAUAGAUUUCUUAUUUUAAAAAUUAAUAUAUAAUAUAAAACAUUUAAACAAAUUUGUGACUCGAGAUA